CGUCCGUUCGCCACACCACUCCGUCACCGGAACACUCGCAGCUAUCACGGCCACUCGUUUCAAGCUCUCAGGUAACCUCUUGUCUAUCUCUCCUGUUGGCUCCUCCAUCUUCUAAACCUAAAAAACAGCCGACGACACAUCUUCUUUCAUUCGCAGGGAAGGUAAGGUUCAAUCAACAGAACGAAUCGAGCCUUCAGUUAGGGUUUCUAAACCGUUAAAAAGCUUCAAUUAGCGUCUCUAAUGGCGGCAACGGCGCUUUUUCUUCAUUUCCAUCCUCAUAGACACCGUAGAUUCGUACAAAACGUGGCGUCAUCCAUCCGAUUCUAUUCGUCUAACGAUGAUAACGAUCAGAAUCGAAAUUCACCUUCAAGACCACAAUAUUCGUUCAGUGACGUGAAAAACAGUCUGAAAACCACUCGCAACCCUAACCCUAGCACUCGUGAGGAUUUGAAUCAGAAGGUGGUUUCUCUUGAAGAAAUUCGUAACAAUUUAUCGAAGUUUCGUCGUGAAUUGCCGGAUCAACCGCCGCAAUCGGCUAGGCCGGUUGUUUCGUUUCAGGAGCUUUACCAGCGGAAUGCGACGCUGAAAGCGGAUACAGGAUCUGGAACGGAAAGCGGUGUGAAAGGGCAACCGGAUAAAACUCUGCAGGCGAUCAAGAUGAGUUUGAAGAGCAUCAGAUCGAAUGUGGCACGGUCGCAGGCGCAGCCGGGAGUUGGUACACGGAGGUUGCCGCUUGAUGAUAUUGAACUGAAUUUUAAACCGAGACCGAAGAGUUUGAACGAAUUGCCUUCGGAUUCCACUGGGAAAGGUAAUGCGUCGAAUGAGGCGAAAAUAGAGUUUGCUAUGUUUUAUAGUUAUGGGGAUAUGGGGGAGAAGUUGAGGAGAUUGAGGCCAGCGAAUAAGAAGGUUAAGUUUUCUUUGGAGGAGUUGAAUGAGAGGCUACAAAAGGUUCGGGAAAUGGGGGAAAAGGAGAUAUCGGCUGGGAGAUUUGGGCCGUUAAGGGAAGGCCUUAUAAAGUUGCACACUAGCGGUCAAGAAAAGAAGAAACCAGUUCAGAAAAUUAGUGUGUUGGCGGAUAUGGGGGAAAUUUCUAACUAUUCGUCACAUCCACCAAAGGAGGUCUUAGUCGAAAAGUAUUUCCAUCCGGAUCAUAUGUCAUCUGCAGAGAAACAAAAGCUUGAACUUAAAAAGGUAAGGGACAAGUUCAAAAUUUCUGAAUCAGACUGUGGAUCGGCACGUGUUCAAGUGGCACAACUCACAACAAAGAUCAAGCACCUCGCUACGGCUCUACACAAAAAGGAUAAGCACUCUCGAAAGGGUCUACAAGCAAUGGUACAGAAAAGGAAGAAGCUAUUGAAGUACCUCAGAAGAACCGAUUGGGAUUCUUAUUGCUUUUGUCUCUCAGAACUCGGUCUUCGGGACAGUGCGGAUUACAAAGCUUAGAGUACACUUUAUCUUCUAUUUGUGUUUUGUUUCAAACCGAGUCGAAUAAAAACAGGUUGAAAAAUCUUGAAUGUCCAUGAACGAGGAGUGUUUCGACUCGUAUUGAAUUCAAUCCAAGCAUGUUUGAUGCGAAUCUAUUUGUCUUCUAGGACUGACCGCUUGCUCGGCUGUUUAGGAAUUUCUUAUGUUUAAUUUUAUAGAGGUGAGUCUAGUUUGUACUGGUUCUGUUAUGUAUCAAAACUCAACCUGUAACUGAUUUUUGUUUACCAAAUAUUUUUAAAUCGAUCGGUUCGUUACA